CAGUGAGCUGCUGCUGCCGCUCGCCUGAUUGAUAUAUGACUGCAAUGGCACUUUUCCAUUUGACAUUCUCUCUCCCUCUCUCGCUCCCUCUCUCUCUCUCAAACAACAGCCCUAACUUUUGUGUGUUGCAAAUAUAAAAGGCAAGCCAUGUGACAGAGGGACAGAAGAACAAAAGCAUUUGGAAGUAACAGGACCUCUCUUUCGCUCUCAGAAGAGUGUGAGGGAAGGAAGGAGCGGCACAUUUUCCAAAGCCAUGUAGAAGAUUCUUUGAUGGAUUACAGCCUCAACAAAACGUCAGCUUAAAAAGAACAAUGACAGCCAAGAGACUUAAACCAGGUUUUUCAUCUUUCUUGAAAGGAACUGAGUCCCAGUAUUUAGAGUUUUUUUAAUACUCUACCUCCCUCUGCUGUUAUUACUGAGAAGUUCUUCAGCAAUGGGAAAUCAUGUACUAGCAGCUUCGAUUUCCAUGCUCUCCCUUCUUGCAAUAAUGGGAGACACAGACAGUAAAACGGACAGUUCGUUCAUGAUUGACUCAGACCCAGGUCGCUGUAUGAGGCAUCACUAUGUUGAUUCCAUCAGUCAUCCAUUGUACAAGUGUAACUCAAAGAUGGUGCUGCUGGCUCGUUGCGAGGGACGCUGCAGUCAGACAUCACGCUCUGAGCCGAUGGUCUCCUUCAGCACAGUCCUAAAACAACCAUUCCGUUCUACCUGCCACUGUUGCCGGCCCCAGACCUCCAAGCUGAAAGCAAUGAGGUUGCGCUGCUCUGGUGGCAUGAGGCUCACUGCUACCUAUCGCUACAUCCUAUCCUGCCAUUGUGAAGAGUGCAACUCCUAGGGGGGACACCAGCUGCAAUGAGGAGAGUCGGGACACUGCUCCCAGAAAGCAACCCCAGCCACUGAGAACUCACCAGCAUGCUAUUAAAGUAUUCCUACUACCAGGGCUCAUCAAGCUGGGUUGGAUUUGAGAGGUAGAAAAUGAAAGACACUGAGACCCUGGAUUGUGCUGAUUGUGAAAACAAAGACAUUCAUCUGCUGGUCUGUGCUGAAGACAACACCCUGGAGACAUGAACCCUUUUUUCCCCCUGAAAGGAUACUUUGGGGGGGUAUAUUUUCAGGCUCAGCCUUUCUUCUGCUCUGAAUAAGGACUGAUGGGAGUUUUAUAUUUUUUGCCAGUGAACAAUAAAGACACAGAGAGAGAACAAAGGGGGUCCAUCUGCUGGAGAUACUAUAUUCUACAAGAGUUGACAUUGGGAAGCUGGAUGGCUCCAUUCCUGCAUAUGACUGCUUAUUGUGUCAUUUUAUUAUAUUGCCCUUCAAAAUAAACUGCGUUGAUGGUAAGGGAUAUAUGUUACUUGAUCUGGCAGACAAGUUCUGGACAAUUUUAACUGUGGUUUAGCUGAAAUUACAAAUAAAUAAUAGAAAAGUGAACUGGAUGGCAAAUGAGGCAUGGGAAUUGUCCAGCUCUAAAUGGUUCAAAUGAUUAUUUGUAGUUGAUUGCAUCACAACUUGGUGUCUGAGUGACAUUUAGAAAGAAAAAGGUCAUGCAGUUCAUUCUUUCUCCUUUAAUAUCCUGGGGGUGAUCAUUAUAGGCAGACUGUAGCUGUCAAAAAAUGCACUAAUUAAAAACUAGAAACUAAGCACCAGUUUACAAUUUAAAAAUGGAGCCUCUGAAACAGAAUCUCUUCUUAAACUGGGCUGGCCUCAGGAGGAACAGCUCCCAGAGCUGCCAGAAUAAUAACAACAUGUAGGAAUACCUUUUAUCCAUAGAUCUCAAAGUACUUCAUUCAAAGUGAGUAAGUAUCAUAUCUCUGUUUUAAAGAUAAGGAAUCUGAGGCUCAAGGGAGGUAACUGAUCUACCUACAGCAAGGCCAUGGCAGAGCCUGAAUCCCAGUUGUGUACUAAUUAUUGGAUCAUGCUGCUUCCCUGCAGGGGAGGUUCUGACCACCAGUUGCCUUCCCCUCUGGGACCACUAUUGUACAAGGAAAUAGGCCUAGCCCAUGAGUUACAGAGGUUGCCUGGCAUGGACACAGAGGUGAUGUGGGGGGCAGGGAGGGGGCGGGUCACAUGGCCCCCCAAUUUGCUGCUUGGCUUGUACUGAGCAUGCUUACAUGGACUGAGCAUGCUCUGUAACAUAUGCUGAAGCCACUGUCCUCAAUGUACACCCCCGCGCCGCUCCCCCCCCCCCACUAUUGGAAGGCCGUUGUCUCUGCAAAGUUUCAAAAAACGGUGCCCCUAAGUGGCAGAUUACUUUAUCUGUAGUUAAAGCUGGCUCUGCUCUUAAACAGUUAGCUUUUGGGAGGGUCACUUGAACAAUAAAUCCCUAUAGCCUUCCACAAGGUGGAAACUAUGUAAAUUUAUUUGGAUCUUGGCUCCUAUUAAUGGCGAUAUACUGAGUAGGACAGUCAACCUGCUACAGAAUCUCUUCCCUGCACCCAGAUCAUCCUAAACAGGUGUUCCAUGUGAGACAGUCAAAGCCAAAGAAGUAGAGAGCUCAUGGGAGCUUCUUCCAUGGCUCAUAAUAGCAGAUUCAGUCCAGCUUCAAAUCAGCACUGACACCCACCUGGAAUAUGGCUAAAGUCCAAUAGUUACUCCAGCAGUAAUUUGAAUGUCAUUGCACAAUGAUGAAUAGGAGGGGCAGAGGUUGGGGUUGGGAGUGAGUAGUCAAAUCCAGAAUGCAGCCCAUCUGUUGUAUGCCAUCUAAUCUGUCUUGAACAAUUGCUAUAUAUAGCAACCAGGCUUUUGACAGUUACAUCACAGGGAAUCCAUUGAGCAUGCUCAAGGAGUCCCCAGCAUCUUUCUCUAAUAUAAAGAAACAGAUUAAGUGGCCUGAAAUUGGGAAGUGAGCAUUUCCAUGGCUUAUAUAUGCAUUACUGUGGUCGACCAGGCAGAGCCAAUGUCCUUGACAAUUACUGCCCCAAGAGUACUAUGGGAAGUAGCGACAAGUGGCAGGCACAUACUCAGCUGAAUUAUGGAGCAGGAUAUAAAUCAGUAACAGUAGAAAAUGACUGGGGCCAUAUGUACACAGACACUUAUAGAUAUUAGUGAUAGAUAGGUGGUAUAGACUGAAAUGGGUAGCCCCUGUCUGCUGGAGAGUAUCUUGUCAUUGAUGGCCAGUUUUAAAUAAGAACUCUUAAAGCUUGGAUGAAGAGUGAAUCAAAUUGUUAUGAGCUACGUAGCUCAUAGUCAAAUGCCAGGACCAUGACUGAAGGACCACGAUGAGAUCAUUGGACAUGAUUCAUUAUUUCAUUCUGAUGGUGAUUCUUUUCAUAUCUGAUGAAUGGUUUGAACAUGACAGAUAGGUGUGUGUACUGAGCAUUAUCACUUAACUAGUUUGUACAAGACCCCCACCCAAAGGAACAUUUUUGUGUGUCUUUUUGUCUGUCCAAGCUUCAUUAUCUAAAAUUCUUCAUUAUCCACAACAGGAUCGUGUCUCCAUAUUAAUUAUAUAGAAAAUUCCCAUGAUUAUCUGAACCAUUAAUAAUCUAAAAUUAUA